AUGUCCACCGUGAAUGUAUUUGUCAUUUCACCCGAUGUUCAUGCCGAGAAACGUUAUGAUCUGCAUACUACGAUCGCACAAUUGAAGAGCAAGCUAGAGCUCGUCACAGGCAUCCCUGCACGAAGUCAAGUUCUCACAGUGCACCGAACGGACGAUGAUGAUCAACCCCUCGCCACCUUGAGUGAAGAUGACAGGCCGCUGGGGUAUUAUAGUGUCGUCUCGGGUCAAUUCAUCAAGGUCCAAGACACCAACCCUUCCGCAUCGAUGAGUGGUCGGUUCACCGAUGUGUCGCAAGUUGAAAAGUUCGAGUUAACUAAAGAGGAAUACGAAAAGCGCCAAGACACGGUCAAGGCUUACAAGGAAAAGCACAAGAUGGGCCGUUUCGCACCAAAAUCUGAAGAAACAGCAGCUCCUAGCGCAGAUGAUAUUGCUUCUCAGAUGCCUAUUGGCUCUAGAUGUGAAGUGGUUGCGGACAACGGAGUGACCAAGCACCGAGGUACCAUUCGUUUCGUUGGAGAAACCGAGUUCGGUAACAAGACCGGAGUAUGGAUUGGAGUCGAGUAUGAUGACCAUUAUGGAAAGAAUGACGGCUCAGUGGAAGGCAAGCGGUACUUUACUUGUCCGCCCAACAAAGGCGCGUUUGUGCGUCCCAAGCGUGUAACUGUGGGGGACUUUCCGCCGGAAGAGCUGAAUCUUGAUGACGAAGACGAGGAGCUGUAA